UUUCACCAAUCGAAUUAGUCGACAAAGACCAAGCGAUUUGAAAUUUAUUCAAUAUGAAAAUAUAUUCGUUUAUCAUGUGAUAAAAUUAUCUAAUCCUUACAUUAAUCAUAAUGAUCAUUGUAAAAUUUCAACAUUUAAAUGUGAUUUCAAUCGUUUUUUUACCUCAAACAAUGAUAAUAAUGUCGAUGAUAUUAAUGCAAAAAUUUCUGCUAUGAACAAUGAACAAAUAAUUGAUUUGAUGAAAUCAAUGUACCAUAAUUUACCGGUGUUCCUCAAAGAAGAUGAAUGGAACAAAGCAUUUCUCGAAUCAUCAUUCAGUCGUAUUUGGCAACAUUUAGAUUUAUUAUUGAUUAAUCGAAUCGAAAAAGAUUGGUCGACAAACAAAUCAAAAUAUAUGAUAAUAUCGAGACUUUGGUUUGAACUUGGUCUUGCACAAAAUGUCCGUUUUAAUAAAUGUUUAAUGGAAAAAUUAUUUGAUGAACAGCAACUGGAAAAAUCGACAAUUUUACAUUUGAUGUUUUUGGCAAAUUUAGCAAGAAAUUCAAUCAUGACCGUACAGCGACAAACGAUGAUUGAGCAGAUUGAUUCAUUUUUAAAUCAAAACAACAAUCAACAAUUGACAGUAGAUGAACUAUCAUUGAUUGGUGUAGGUUUUUUCAAAACACAAACACGAAUGCCUUUGGAAUUACUUCGUAACUAUAUUGAAUCAUGUACUGAACAAUUAUUACAACGAUAUCCAAUACGAUCAACAAUAUCUAUUGUAGCUAUAUUGAAGAUUAUACGUUUUUCUCUUGAAACAACUGAAUUCAAUCGGCAAAAAUUACGAAUACAUUUGAAUCGUUUUGUAGAGGCAUUGGGCAAUCAUCCAUCGAAUUUUUUCGAUUCAGAAAUCUGUCUAACCCAUCUAAUACUGAUGCUUAAUUCGAUAUUAUUGAUUGAUAAACAAUUAUAUAGGCAAAUAUUUCAGAAAAUGAUGGCUAAUCUUUCGAUAUUUCGUAUCAAAGAUAUUGAACGUAUAUUAUUUUGUUUGGCAAAUGUACGAUUUCAAUGUCCGAUCGGACAGUUACGUCGUUUAGAACAAUAUCUAUGUAAUAAUGAUGAAAGUCGUUUAUAUCCAAGUUGUACCUACAAUAUUAUCUUGUCAUUGUUUAUGAUCGAUUAUGAACCAAAGCAAUUGCUUAAAAUUUGUUCCAAUCAUCGACAAAUACAAGAUUCACUUGGAUCAACUAAAAUGUCUCUCGCUACACAAUUUCUAACAUUGGAUAGCAUUAUGCGAUUACGUAAUCGAAAAUCAUUAUUGAAUGAAAAACAAAUCGAACAAUUUCAAUUAUCAUUAGCCUAUUUAUUUGAUAAUCUUCAUACACAAAAAGGUCGUUUUAUUCGAUUUAUUUAUGAAUCACUACGUCAACAAUGUGUUGAUCAAAAUAUACAGCUAAUGUAUAUUUUACCAUUCAUCUCAUAUCCAUUUCCAGUCAUUUUGAACAAAUCAAAUUUUAUUUACAAAUCAAAUACUGAUCGAACAUUAUGUCCAUUUGUUGAUAGUAUACCGUAUCGAGUUGAUUAUUUUAAACCAAACUUUUUCCAUAAUAGUUUUGCCAUCUUACCAUUAAUGGAAAAAGAUUAUACGGUUAGAUCAUCAUUACGUGGAACAAUACAUUUAAAUAAAUCAUUACUCGAAAAUCUUGGAUUUCGUAUUAUACCUAUUGAACAUGGACAAUUUCGCCAUUAUUUCCUAAAAGAUUCAAUUGAAACAAACACACAUUCAGAUGCAACAAAACAAUUAUUAUUCACAGUACAAAAAUAUCAUCGAUCAAUAAAUUUUAAUAAACAAACAUAAUAAUCAAAAUUAACC